UGUCAUGGAGGGGGCUGCGUUCCUGGUCCUUGAGGAAGGUAGAUGUGGUGUUAGGCAGAGACUCGCUCUUUGCUGUAAGGAAAUAUGAAUCUUCUGCGUGGGUUUUAUGGUCUUUUGGUAGAUUAUUCAUCACUUCAGCAUCCAAAAAGCCCAGCAGAGGGGAAGGCUCUGUGUGGAGGGGCUGGGAGGAGUGUGUAGUGUGGCCUGGGGAGGUGGUGGAGGGCACCUGUGCUUGGCCUCUCCCUUCCAGCUACUCAGGUGUGAGCAGGCUGCACUUGUGCCUGGCUGGAUGUGUUUGCUUCUGUCAGUUUGAUUCAAAAUAUUUCGUUUACCUGGCUUGAUAGUUAUAAUUUUGUGUGCUGAUUCAGGGUACAGGCUAGGCUGUUAUCAGGGAGGAUCACAGGAUUUGCAGGCAGCUCGGCUUCAUUAGCUUGAAACAACUGAAAAACAUUCUAUUUAAAGAGAUGCAUCAGCCGACGUCACAAAUCAGUUGUUAGUUCUUGCAGUUGCUAGUUAGAACAUGCCAAAAUUGUAAGCCCUUUGUUAUGAAUAGGUAUGAGAAUUACUGAACUAAUUAUACAAUAAUAUGCAGAUGUAGUUCUGUUAAAUAACUGUAACCUCUCUGUCUAAAGAGGAAAAGAAAAAGCUAAAUAAUUCCUUCUAAAUGGAAAUGCCUGUUGGCUAAAUCAGGGGAGGGGUUCGACUGGCUGCAGCUGUGGAGUAUGUUUGACAAUUUGCAUCCUCCACCUCCUGCCCUUAUUGCAGCAUUAAUUUGGUCUUUCAUUAACACGGCAAUGUUUGCUGUUCCACCACCUGCUCCCUCCCCUGCCUACCUGGGCAGGUGCCAGCCCCUGGGUGGGAGGGAUUGGGAAGGGAUGUGGGAAGGGACCCAGCUCCGCAGCACUCCAGGGAGGGGCACCAGCAGCCCCACGCUCGGAACUCGCUCUUCAGGAAGAUCCCAAACCCCCCCAGGCAAUGGAGGCGAGGAGGAAGCAGCGUUUAAAGGCUUCAGCAAACCUGAGCUGGGCUUGGAACAGCAGGUAGGAAGUUUCUACAGGUGACACGGAGAGCCACCUUGUCGUCAGCCGGGCUGGAAUCUGAAGUCUUUCUACUGCAGGAAUUAAUUAAUUCCUUAGGAAAAAAAUGCCUUUGAAGUAAAACGAGGAAAAAUUGAACUAUACGUGCAUUUCAAGGAAAAAAUAUCUUUCUUCGUCCUGCAAGGGUUAAGCAUGAUCAGAAUCUGCUUUAGUCUCAAGAGUUUAACCUCAAGUGCUGCAUUUUUUGUUUGCCAUAAGCCUAUUAGAACUCUCUGUUUCCUAGCAAUAACAUGUAAUUUCUCCCCACUAUAUAAGUGGAAGAGAUGUUAAGGUUUUAAUCCUGCCCGCUAGAGCUGUUGCUCAAGUUUCCUAUUCAAAUGCAAAUAGCACCUGGUGCUAUUUAGAUAGCUGCAAUCUUUGAUAACGAUACUCCAGGAAGAGAGGAGAAAAAAGCAAGGUGGGUCUGACUGUUCAUUCUGGAAAGCAAGAGUGUAACCAUAUGCCACACCAGCCUGCACUGGACAUUUCUAUCAGAUUUUUUGCAUUCAGCACGGACUCUUUUUGGAGACAAAUGGAUGGCCGGAAUGAUUUCUGUUUCUUGAGCAGGUAUGAUUUUUCACCAGGAAGAAAAGGCUUCCAGAGAAGAUAAAAAUGUAGUGGAUGGAGUUUUACUUUGCCUGAUUGUCCUGAAAGGAGUUUCUUCUGGGACAUUUUGUUCUCCUUGUGCAGUUUUUGCUCUGUGUCAGAUAGAUAAAAGAAGUUAUGAUAAAUUAAUUGGGAAUUCAGGAGCAAUUUGGGAGGCGGCUCUGCUAUUUAGGAUUCACAGACAAGAGAUAACAUAUUACUUCUUACCUAAAACAAGACCAGUGCCAGAUCUCAGUUAAAAAACUUCUUCUGUGGAAAGUUUUAAUUGCAUAAAUUGUUUGCAUUUCACUUGUGGUGAUACCAGUUUAUUCAAGAAAAAGCUUUACAGCCUUGUUGCAUUUUUCAGGGCUGUUUUACCCAUUAUUACAUAUGGAAACUGAAGGUCACUUUUUUGGAGGGUUGUGACUUGAUGCCAUCAUCUUCUUGCUAAAAGCAAAGUAUCUACAGGGUACAGAAUCAGUUGAGAUCUGCAGGAAAGCAGAAGUGUGUGUUUUGAAAGAUUUUAAAGGAGAGAUUUAGAAACUGGCAGAAAAUUUCAAGGAGUGCUUGAAAGAAAUCAGCAUUAUACCGAUCUCUGUGAAUUUACAAAUAAUCCAGAAGCAGCAAUUCCUUGGAAGGGAAGAAGCAGCAAUUCAUUGGAAGGGAAUACUCUGCUGACAGGAAUAUCGUCUUUCAUGGGAGAAAAGUGGACAUAAAGAAUGAACAGUUGCUACCAAACUGGAGAAGCACAGCCGUGAUUUCAGUGCUGUCUGACAGAUCUUGCCUUGUUCAAUACUAAUCUGUUCUGUCUCCUGCUGCUUCAUCUUUGGCCUACUUCUGGAACUAAAAGAGGUUCCUGCCUUCCUCCAGACUUCAGCAGAAGCCUUUUGCAAGCCAGGUGCUGGGAGUGGGAGCAGGUGUGCCCUGUGUGCCUCCCGUGAUUCCAAAGGCGCCCUUGGGAGGCAAACCCGAUCUGCUGGGUCAUGUUUUCUCUCUGGUGACACUCCUUCCCCAGGAGCGUCUCCAGCUGGGUGUGAGCAACUGACAGGAGCUGAGCCUUGGGCUGGGACCUGCUGAGGGCAGCCAAGAUGAUGGAAGAGGUCUCCAUGGUGGUGGCUUACGAUGCCCACGUGUUUGGGCAGCUGCGCGAUGAGGACUUGUUGGCCAGCCUGGUGGCAGGCAGCAAACCCAAAGCUGUGGUGCCAACGAAAAAGCUGAAGAAAUAUGAGAGAGAGUACCAAACAAUGCGAGAGAGCCAGCUGCAGCAGGAAGAUCCUAUGGACAGAUACAAGAGGGAGAACCGCAGGCUCCAAGAAGCAAGCAUGAGGCUGGAGCAGGAGAACGAUGACCUUGCCCAUGAGCUUGUGACCAGCAAAAUUGCCUUAAGGAAUGACCUGGACCAGGCUGAAGACAAAGCAGAUGUUUUGAACAAGGAACUUCUCCUGACCAAGCAGAAGCUCGUGGAGACUGAGGAAGAGAAAAGGAAGCAGGAAGAGGAAACUGCUCAGCUGAAGGAAGUCUUCAGGAAGCAGCUGGAGAAGGCAGAAUCUGAGAUCAAGAAAACCACAGCCAUUAUUGCAGAGUAUAAACAGAUUUGUUCCCAGCUGAGUACCAGGCUGGAGAAGCAACAAGCAGCCAGUAAGGAUGAACUGGAAGUUGUGAAGGGCAAAGUGAUGGCCUGCAAACACUGCAGUGAGAUUUUCAGCAAGGAGGGGGCACUGAAGGUGCCUGCUGUAAGCACGGACAACAAAGGCAUCGAGACAGACGAUGAGAAGGAUGCACUGAAGAAGCAGCUGAGAGAGAUGGAGCUGGAGCUUGCACAGACCAAACUGCAGCUCGUGGAAGCCAAGUGCAAAAUUCAGGAGCUGGAGCACCAGAGAGGAGCCCUCAUGAAUGAAAUCCAAGCUGCCAAAAACUCUUGGUUUAGCAAAACGCUGAACUCUAUCAAAACGGCCACAGGCACACAGGCAGCGCCGCCGCCGCAGCCGCCGGUGCCUCCCAGAGAGGGCAGCACAUAGUCCAGCCACGGCCGGCCCCAGAGCACAAAGAACAACUGAAACCUGGGAAGAUUCUUCCACUGGUCUCUCCUCCUGGGCAAAGGACAAUGAGGCAGGAGUGCAGGCUUGAAGUGAAAUUCUUCAGUGUUUUUCAUUCAUUUUCUGAUGUGACCCUUUUUCAAAGGGGGAAAAAAAAAGUCCUGGUUUAUGUUGAAUUCCUGCUUCCCAUACUGCCUUGCUGAAAGCCACGUUCUGAUACCUUCAUACUUUUACACUUUAUUUUAUAUGACUAGAUGUUAAAUAAAUAUUUCAAAACUAGGUCUUUAAUACACAUCUAAUUUGAAAUUAUUACUGUCUUGCAUAGAAGGUUUUUCUUCUUCUGGAGGAAGAGAGAGAAUGGAAAAUGUACAGUACUGCAGCAUAAUCUCUCCCUAGAAAGCACAGUGUAAGACAUUGAGGAUAACUUAGGCCCUGGGACCAUCUCAGAAGUUUAUCCCAGCAACUGCAUCCUGCAGAGAAGCACUUUUUGUAAAGCUUAGGCCAUAGCAAAGGUAGGCUUGUGCUCUCCUGGCACAAUUGCUAUGAGCUUCCCUUACAACUUCUUCAUUUGGAUUGGUUUUUCUUCAGAAAUACAGCUAGUGCAGUUUUUGUAACACUGUUGUUUGACAGCUGUUUACAGCCCAACUGGAGUUUAACAUAAAGUUCCCUAGUUCCCUUUUUUAAAUUCAUGUUUAUAUUAAGAAUUCCAAGGAAUCAUUCCUUCCACUGGGAUAAAGGGAGAACUGUUUUGACACUUACUUGAUGUUUUUGCUGAGAAGCAGAGUGGAGACCUUGCAUGGUUUUGACCUUUUGUAAAUCCUGUGCAAUAAAGGGUAGGUUUUGUGAAUAAAAGUAAUGAAAACCCUGCCCUGGGUCUAUAUUUAGAUUCCAAAUUUGACACAGAAAUGAGGUAUCAAA